AUGAGCGACAAGGAAGAAAGCAGCUCGUCCUCCUCGGAGGUGGAGAGCAGCUCUGAGGAAGAGACGACGACCGAAGAGAAGGGAAACGCCAAGAAGGAGUCGAAGGACGAGGAAUCUUCGUCGGAGGAGGAGUCUUCGUCUUCGGAGGAGGAAUCCAGCUCCGAGGAGGAGGAGUCUGAGAAGCAGGAGGCCCCUGCCAAGAGGGAGGCCGCCGCUGCCGCCCCCGCCGAGAAGAAGGAGGCCGCCAAGGAGGAGGAAUCCGACGAUGACGAUGAGUCUUCUUCGUCUGAGGAGGAGUCGUCAUCUUCCGAGGAGGAGUCUUCGGAGGGCGGCGAGAGAGCCCCCAAGGAGCCCACCAAGGAUGCUGCCUCCGGCGGCGACGAUGAUGAGUCGUCCUCCUCCGAGGAGGAGGAGAGCUCUUCCUCCGAGUCUGACGGAUCGGGCGACGAUGGCGAGUCCAGCUCCUCGUCCGACGACGACGAUGAUUCGAGCGACGCCAAGCCCGCCAAGGCCGAGCCCAAGGAUGCCGGCAAGCCCAAGGACGGCGGUAAGCCCAAGGAUGGCGACGGCAAGAAGGGCGGCGACAAGCCCAAGGACGACGGCAAGAAGGGCGGCAAGGGCGAGGGCAAGGAGAAGGACGCCGGCAAGGGUUGCUGUAUACUUAUGUAA